UUGCCAUAGCUCCUCAAGCCAGCAAGAAGCACAAGAUCUCCUAGCUAAUCAUUUGUCAAAGCCUCCAUCCAACCCCGACAAGCUCGAAGAUGUCGUGCUGCUCAGGAAAGUGCGGCUGCGGCGACGCCUGCAAGUGCGGCAGCGGCUGCAACGGCUGCGGCAUGUACCCCGACGUCGAGGCCGCCAGCAACGGCAACGUCUUCCUCGUCGCCGCCGCCACCCACAAGGCUAGCGCUGGCGGGAUGGAGAUGGCCGCGGAGGCGGAGAACGGCGGCUGCAGCUGCAGCAAGUGCAACUGCGGCACCAGCUGCGGCUGCUCCUGCUGCACCUGCUAGAUCAUCAACCAUCGAGUUGAUCUGGCCGUCUACGUUAGUACUGCUACCUGAUCGAGGUCUAAGCUACACAUGCUAGACCUGUCUGUACGCCCCUGCAUGUUUUCGCAUGAUUUGUAUGCCAAAAUAAAACUCCCCCGGUUUAACUACA